AUGAAGAUGUUUUUCAUCCUCACUCUCUUGGGUGCACUUACUAAACCUUUUGUUUCUGUUCCUUCCCUAAUCCCUAACUCUCCAGAAACUGUAUUGGGAGAAGAUCAGGUCUCAGAUGAACCAGUUAAUUUUAACAUUCCUUACAUGGUCUAUCUGCAGUCCAAACCAGAGCCUUGUGUGGGGACUCUCAUUGACCGUCAGUGGGUGCUCACUGCUGCUCAUUGUUCCUUACCAGCUAAAAUCCGACUGGGAGUUUACCAACCCAACAUCAAAAAUGAGAGGGAGCAGAUCUAUAGUUACUCACUGACUAUAGUCCAUCCUAAUUUCGAUGCAAAUUUCCGGAAAAAUGACCUGAUGCUGAUAAAACUCUCUUACCCUGCUGCUAUAAACAUGCAUGUGGGAACUAUAGCCAUAGCUAUGGAACCCAUGGCAUUUAAUGAAACCUGCUUUAUACCAACAUGGACCUGGAAUAGCUACAAAAACUUCACUGAUCCUGACCUCCUGACAUGGACAAAUCAGUAUUCUCUUUCCCAAAGUGACUGCUGGAACAUUCUCCAAAAAGAGAAACAAGAAAUAUGGAUGAACAUCAUGUGCAUAGGACACUCGCUUAAUGUUAUGACUUCAAUUAAGGAAGUCUCAGCUGCUCCAGCCAUCUGCAGUGGGAGGCUUCAUGGAAUAUUGUCCUGGGGAAAAGCAGGCAUAACCAAGGGAAGUGAGGGCUUCUUCACUGAAAUUCAUCCUUACGCAAGAUGGAUCUUGAAAAUGAUGCAUUCCCACUGA